UAAUUUCUCUCCAUGGUUUCAACGUAAAUAAAUAUGAACUGAUACACAUUGAAACUAAAAGUGUUUUUAUGGAAAUCUCCUACAAGAAACGUUAUCAGCAGAAUUACAAAAAAUGGUCUUAAAGAAAUCCAAAAAUGGAAUAAAUUCAGGGAAUACUCAUAGAACAUGCAACACGAAAUAUCAUCGCAAAUACAAUCGUCAUUCAAGCUUGCAAUGGAGUUGACCGGACCCCGAAAGCUCAUGUUGUAUACUAGAAGACCUCGAUAUCGUUGCAAAUGUGCCAUACUCUCUGAAUAAAAAAGGAAGAUGGAACCUAGUCGACAUGGUGGAGGGAUUCAUUUCGGCGGACAAGUCUAUUGACGAAGGUCAAUCUCUUAGAAUAAUAAGUUCAUAUGACAUGUGCAAAUCAAAUCACACUAAAUUCAUCUGUAAAUCAAAACCAAAGAAAAAACUGAAAACAAUUUAUAGUAGAAAGGAAAGAUUGAUAGAUGGUAGGUCUAAUAUUACCGAGGAAUCAAAAAGGUCGUCAACGAUAGUUGAUGUUUAAGUUGAGUUUCUUUCUCCGUGCAGUUCAACAAAUAAUAUGUAUCAUAGUCAUAAAUUUAUAGGAUUAGUGGACGAAACCAAACGCAUACAAUUGAAAAGAUUUAACAAACGUAAUCAGAUCAGACACAAUACAAGACAGCACUUUCCUGUUGUUCCUAAAAGUUAUGGAUCACGUAAAAAACAUCCUCAGACUUAUUAUACACACUCCAGUUAUUCUAUUGAUGAAUGUAUAAUAACAGAAGACAGUGCAGUGGAAUUGUCUCCAUACACACAUACAAGUUCUGUUCAUAGACAGUCCUCUUGUAUUUUGUGCUAUGAAGUAGCCUCUCCCAAGUCUUAUAAGUAUAACAAAGACAAUAAGAAAAAGAGGGAAAUCAGAAGAAGCGAUCAGAAAUCCCUGUUAUUAACAAAGGAACUCAGUUCUCCUAGCAGGUUAAAUUCGCAUCAAGUCAAUCAGUCUCGAACUCAUUCAGUUCCAACAACGGCAAUAGAUCAAUUGACCAGAAUGGAUUAUGUUUUCGUUUUGAUACCUAAACAAGAAACACAUCCUGUCAAUUUAAGAAUGCAAUUUGGUAGUAAUUAUACUGAAUGUCCUUGCAAACCACGUGCGUUUAUUAUAAAUGUAACACAAAGGCUAGAAAAACAUGUAAGCAUAUCCGAUUGGUGGCGAGGUAAUGAUGUGCAUAAAUGGGAAUUGUGCGCAUGUAUAACAUUUUGUAAAGAUAAAUCGGAAGGAUUUCAAACGGAACACCAUGACAGAUACAAAGUUUGUCUUAAUAUGGUAUCAAAAAAUAAUGUUUGUAAAAUUCUGACGUUAUUUGACAACUGCCAAGAGAGUAUUUCAGAGAUAGUGCAAAGAGCAAUUAAUUAUAUAGACAUGUUAUCAGGAUCUGAUUUUAUUGAGAAAGAGCAAGAUUUAAAACAAACAUCGAAGGAUCAAAACUUCAAAAUUCUAAAUAUGUUUUUAAAAGUUGACGUUAAAACACACUCGAUUUCUGCUCAGUCUCUCUUUAUGGAUAUAUUUCAAUCAACAGUUCUUGAAACUGGAAUCUUGUUGAAUAAAAGUCUCACACUAAGUGAAGAAUGUGAAAUUUGUUACGAUUUAAUAUCACAUGAACGAAAACCUGGUACAAUGCUUGAGGCAUGUAAACACAUGUAUUGUAACGACUGUUGGACUGAAUAUAUCAAACAUCGAAUGCAAUUGGCCUCCGUAAACAUAUCCUGUCCAGGUCAUGGAUGUCAAGAAAUAGUUCCUGAUUCAGUCCUGUUGAUAUUUUCUAACAUAACUGACGUCAUUUUUCUGAAACGAAGACGACACGAGCUAUUUCUGACCUCAACUGGUCAGACAAAGUGGUGUCCAAACCGAAAAUGUAAUCAGGUAAUUACAGUGGAAAACACAGAUGAAGCAACAAGUAUUGCAUGUCAGUGCGGAAUUAAGAUUUGUUUCAAAUGUUUCAAAAAUGCUCAUUGGCCGUUGUCUUGUGAGUACUUGCCCAUUUACCAAAAGCGUCUUAAACAAGGACUAUGUUCUAACAUGAACGUACCCCAAAUACCGGAGAAAAAGGAAAACAGAAAACAGAACUGUCCAGAAUGCAAUAUUUUAAUUGAAAAGGAAGGAUUUGGAAUUUAUAUGACAUGUAUUUGUGGAACCGUGUUUUGUUGGGGCUGCUUAAAUACAUACACAAAGCACACUUUUUCCAAAAGAUGUACUGAGAACCCGAAGAAUGACACCAGUAAUUCAAAAUUCUAUUCCAAAUAUAUCUCGUGCAAUCAAACCCGUUCUUUGGUUAAGGAAAACUUUUUAUAUUUUAAAAUGGCACUGUCUCAUCGUAGCGUUUCAAAGGACCGUCAAAAUCAAUUGAAAAUCAAAUCAAAUGUUCGACAAAUUUUGAACCAAAGUAAAAAUAUACCACAGAAAAGAUGCUCUUUGUACUUAAAUAUGAUAUCACGAUUCGAAGUAGCAGAUGACAGAACUAUUUCUUCUCGAAAGCACAAAGUAGAAGAAAAGAUUGCUGGUGCAUUGUGGGAAUUGUCUAAUGUAUUUACAGAUUUCCACCACAUCGCUGAAUAUAGUUUUAUUUUACUCGAAGAGUUGAGUCAGUGCUCCUUGCAUAAACCUAUUAUUCACGUACCUACUCAUAUUAAUCAGCUGAGUUUGUUCGCUGAAAACAUUGCUCUCCUUGUUCGAACGUCUGAUGAUUUAAUCGACUAUCGAUUAUUAAUUGAGUCGUUAUUGACGCUUGAAAAACAAUGUCAGAAUGAAAUGAGACAAUUUAUACAGGUUAUAAAUAAACUUAAAUAG